AUGGCAAAACGCAAAGGCACCACUCCCGCUACUGGCGCUGGCCGCCGUAGCAAGCGCACCAAGACCGCCCCGGCCCCGACCUUCGUCUGGAAGUCACGUGAGUGGAAGGAGAAGGUCCACUGCAACGACGACGUCUCGAUUCUGGAGAAGAUUUCCAACCGCAAGCAAAAGGUCGUAACAAAGGUUUUGCUUGUGACGGAAGAUGAUGAUCUCCCUCGGGAGGUCAGCAUCAUGCUCAUGGUACCUGGAUGCAACAGAAUAGUGACUCCGAUUCACUAUACCUGGGACGAUCCAGACGAGUAUCAUGGCACCGCAUUCUACGAGUACUACCCUCUUGGCGACCUGGCGCAGUGGAAGGAGGACUUCAACGACAGAAACUACAAGCCAGUUCCUGAGAGCUUCAUCUGGAGGUUUUUCUUCCAGAUGGCACAGGCUCUGGCACUCUUGCAGGCCCAGAUCGGACCUAAUCUUGAGGAGUGCGAGAUUCUCCUGCAUCGCGACAUCAAGCCCAUGAACUUCCUUGUUGUGGAGAACCCGAGCAGCACUUACCCUUCCUUCAAGCUGCAUGACUUUGGCUGUGCUACGGUAUAUCGAAAGUCGGAAGCUCGCGAUUCCGCCAUUGUUGGCACUUUCGAAUACCAGCCGCCAGAAAUCGGCAAGGUCAACACCAAGGCAGCGGAGAUCUGGGCGUUGGGCGCCUGCGUCCACUUCCUCGCAACGGGGAUCUACCCGACGGAGGACAAGUACGAGUUCGGAGAGGCCUAUGUUGACGAGCAUGGUCAGGACCCAGACGAGGCUGUGGACUAUGGAGGUGCCGGCCGCUGGUACGCUGCUCACGUCCCGCGCCAAGUCACGCCCAUCAAUCUGAGUCCUGGCCAGCAGCGUCAGCAGGGCCUUGGUCCUUUCCUCUCCCACGGCGGUGAGCGGUUCGUCCACCAGUACAGCGAUGAGCUGAACAGCUGGAUGAAGCGGUGCCUAAGCUUUACGCCGGGUGGCCGACCAACUGCGAUCCGCCUGGUGAACGAAAUGGGCACCGUGGCAAAGAAGAUGCUGUACAAGAUGGGCGGCAAGGCAGCUCUCGUGGAUCUGGAGACGGAGUACGACGUUGCGGCAUGA